AUGUCUGCCCCUUCCAGGUUCCCCUACCCACCGCCACUGGCCUCAACGCACCUGCUGGGCGCUGCCGACGACAAUGGCAAGCUCAAGGAUGCCGCUCUUCUGCUCGGCAUCAAGCUCGACCUCGAGGCCGAGGUCCACCUGACUGCCCGUGUCAAGGGUGAUGUCGUUGUUGGUCUUUACUAG